AUGACAGAAGUCGCAACUCUUGAGCCUCUGCUCCCGUCUCGGGUAGUUCACCAGUUCCCGGCGCCUUCAUGGAUUGAGAAUCUUGCAGUGCGGUCCAACGGACAGGUUCUGGUGACUUUCAUUUCCGCACCUGAAGUCUACCUGGUAGACCCAUCCGACCCUGCAAAGACAGUCCUGAUCCACAAGUUCUCCAAUGUCACCGCCAUGAGCGGAAUCGUGGAAGUAGAGCAUGAUAAAUUCUAUGUCGCAGGAGGUGUGUGCGAUGUCAAGACAAUGACCAGCGAAGCAGGAUCCUACAAACUGUGGGAGAUCGAUAUGGCCGCAUUCGAUGCGAGUGGAGAGGCUACAGUGAAGGAGGUAUUGAAGCUUGAUAAGAUUUCUUGUCCGAACGGACUGGAGUUGCUGUCACGAUCCGAGAAAAUUAUCCUUGCAGCCGACUGUGAGCACGGCGCCCUCUUCAAGAUUGACAUUGCGAAUGGGACGCACGAGAUAGCCCUAGAGGUUGAAGAGAUGCGAAACCCUGAGAAUCCAUUCAUCCCUGUUGCUAUCAACGGUGUCAAAGUCCUGAAGGGUUACCUCUAUUGGACGAACACUUCCAAAGCACUAUUUUGUCGCGCGAAGAUUGUUGAAAAUGGCAAGAGUUUUGGCGACGUUGAAGUCAUACACCAGGGUCUCAUAGGCGAUGACUUCUGCUUUGACUCUGACGACAAUGCUUGGGUCACCCAAAAUCCCUUCAACACGGUCACCGUGGCCAAGUCAGCGGGUGGACUUGUGACAGCUGCAGGGAGGAUAGAUCUUAUGGACGUUGCAGGAGCGACGGCAUGCCAAUUUGACAGAAGAAAGGGCAAAGAACAUCUGCUGUACGUUGUUACUAAUGGUGGUCUGGCUGGGCCUGUUAAUGGAAACGAGGUGGAGGGUGGCAAGGUUACGGUUGUUGAUACAACAACGUUCAAAACUGGAUGA